AUGCUUAUGGCCUUUACUCUUCCCAUCCACUCGUUUACAAAAGGUGGCUUUGGUCGACACCCCUUCUCCAAGUGCGACCGUACGAUGAGUUUAUUAAUCACACGAUUCGUAUCGGCGGUGGUGUUGUUUGCGCUGACACUUGUCGUGGGAACGGUUCCGGUGUUGUGGUACCGAUCGUGGCUCAGACGCAAACGUCACCAUCGGAUCCGCGACAAUGAGAUGACCGCCGAGACCAGCCUUUCGGACAAUUUCUACGUCCAGAUCGUGACCCAAAUGGGCGGAGGAAUACUGUUCUUCACG